UGAUUGUUCCUUGGGUGGUGGGGAUGGCAGAGGGACAAAAGCUUUGGGCUAUUAGAAGACCUUUUCCAGCUCCCAAACUGCAGGUCUUACGUUUCUGCUUACUUGCUUGCCCUCCACAGCACCACAUCUGCCACCAUUCCGUGCUGCAGAGACACCAUGGCUCCAGAAGAAGAUGCUGGAGGGGAGGUCUUAGGGGGAAGUUUCUGGGAGGCUGGCAACUACAGACGGACGGUGCAGCGGGUUGAGGAUGGGCACAGGCUGUGUGGAGACCUGGUUAGCUGCUUCCAAGAACGUGCCCGCAUCGAGAAGGCCUAUGCCCAGCAGCUGGCUGACUGGGCCCGCAAGUGGAGGGGUGCUGUGGAGAAGGGCCCACAGUAUGGCACUCUGGAGAAGGCCUGGCACGCCUUCUUCACUGCGGCUGAGCGGCUGAGCGAGCUGCACUUGGAGGUGAGGGAGAAGUUGCAUGGUCCAGACAGCGAGCGCGUGCGGACCUGGCAGCGCGGGGCUUUCCACCGGCCAGUGCUGGGUGGCUUUCGGGAAAGCCGGGCUGCAGAGGAUGGUUUCCGUAAGGCCCAGAAGCCCUGGCUUAAGAGGCUGAAAGAGGUCGAGGCUUCCAAGAAGAGCUACCACACAGCCCGCAAGGAUGAGAAGACAGCACAGACCCGGGAGAGCCACGCGAAGGCAGACAGCUCCAUGUCCCAGGAGCAGCUUCGAAAAUUGCAGGAGCGGGUGGGACGCUGCACCAAGGAGGCAGAGAAGAUGAAAACCCAGUAUGAGCAGACCCUGGCAGAGCUAAAUCGCUAUACCCCCCGCUACAUGGAGGACAUGGAGCAGGCCUUUGAGAGCUGCCAGGCUGCUGAGCGCCAGCGGCUUCUCUUCUUCAAGGAUAUGCUGUUCACCUUCCAUCAACACCUCGACCUCUCCAGCAGUGACAAGUUCCAUGAACUCCAUCGAGACCUGCAGCAGGGCAUCGAGGCAGCUAGUGAUGAGGAAGAUUUGCGCUGGUGGCGUAGCACGCACGGGCCUGGCAUGGCCAUGAACUGGCCACAGUUUGAGGAGUGGUCCUUAGACACACAGAGAGCCAUCAGCCGGAAGGAGAAGGGUGGCCGGAGCCCUGAUGAGGUUACUCUGACCAGCAUUGUCCCGACCAGAGAAGGCACUGCACCCCCAGCCCAGUCCCCAUCAUCCCCAGGUGGGCAGGACGAGGACUGGUCAGAUGAGGAGAGUCCCCGGAAGGCUGCCACUGGGGUGAGGGUACGGGCGCUUUAUGACUAUGCUGGCCAGGAAGCUGAUGAGCUGAGCUUCCGAGCAGGGGAAGAGCUGCUGAAGAUGAGUGAGGAGGAUGAACAGGGCUGGUGCCAGGGCCAGCUGCAGAGUGGCCGCAUUGGCCUGUACCCCGCCAAUUACGUAGAAUGUGUGGGUGCCUGAGUGCCCAGCCAGCCCUGCUGCAGCGUCUCUCCAGCCUGAGCCAGAGUGCGACCUUUCCUGGACUGCUGCUGGACCUGCGGGCCCUGAACCAUGUGCUGCUGCUGCUGCCCCUGUUCCCAGAGGAGGGAGGAACUCUUAGGGCCCAUGAAAGGGUCGGUGUCUAAAAA